AAUAUACGACCAAAGAUGGCGCCCCACGUUUGUCUCUUGUGAGGAAAUGUUGUUAGAGACAAUACUAUUUCACGUAUCUAGGCAGUUUUGCGAUAGUUUAUUGUGAAAGCAAGAUAUUACAUUUAUAUUUUCGCUAUUUACGUGUGAUAAUUUAUUUGUGCAAGCCGCAAUGGCGAUGCAAGGUGGGACUGCGCUUCAGGAGAAGGUCAGUCGGAUGUUGAGCAGAAAGCAUAAAAAGCCCGUUCUGAAACCCAACAAGCCGCUUGUUCUGAAAGAUGAGGUCGCCAACAGGAAAAUUAAGAAAGGGGAGGCCACAUGCGUCACAGAGAUGUCCAUGAUGAUGGCGUGCUGGAAGCAGAACAACUUCGUCGACACCUUCUGCUCCAAUGAAAUGCAGUCCUUCUAUAAGUGUGUUGAGAAAGCCCAGAUUGCAGUGAAAAACAAAUCAGAGCAACACACCAUUGGCCAGAGUGGACGCCUUCAACCCAAACAAGCUACUAUCCUGCUGAAAAGAUACCCCAACUUACACGUAGAAAUCUAGGACUACUCCCAGCCCUACUACUACGAUGUAUUAAUUGACAAAGGUUGUGGGCCAGAGAAUCUUAACCACCCUGCCCACUGUCCUCUGUUAUCAUGCUUGGCCUUUGUGGCCAACUGGGGUCUCUGCUAGUUCUUACGGUAAAGAGGAAGUCUCUUAGAUCACAGAAACAUCACCAACGUUCCACGAAUGCUAGACGUGAUUCAUCAACAAAGUGAAUUAAGUGGAUUUAUUGUGCUGCAGAUGCACUUCUUGUGAUUGCCAUGUUAAAUUGAGUACGCUGUUAUAGGUCAUCAUAUAAAACAGUACCAUUAAAAUGGCUUCAGUCACAAAAGAAGAUUCCUACGAAUAUGUAACUUCACUCACUGUCUAGUAUUUUGAAGAGCAUUUUCAUUACGCAUUCAGUUAUUGCUAUAUUAUUGCAUGGCUUUUUAAGAUUCCCUAUUAAUUUACAUUUCUCAAAUAACGAUCAAGGACAUUUGUUUUCAUAACAUGACAUGAUAUCGUGUGUGUGCCCUGGAUGAAAUAUAGUGUGAAUGACUUAUCUCAGUGUCCUGAGUUGACUCCCAUAAAAUGUAUUUCCCUUUAAAAAUGAUCUAAAUAAAUCCAUACUGCACAGACAGUGGUUGCUAACGAUAUUAAGAUAUUAGUGACCUCUGCAGUAUUUAAUUAUGGUUAUUUUGUUGCAUUUCCUCUGGAGUGCACCACCACCGGACAUUCACCUCAAUAGGAUACCUAUUUUGAGUUUCCAAUGGAUCACUCAAAUGUAAUUUGAAACACUCCUGAUAUAGUUGAAUUGCCUAGCUGUUCUGUAUUAUUGGCCAAUUUUCCAGAUAGGAUUACAUGCCAGGAAGCAAAGCCCAUUGCAGGUCAUAGUCUUAUAGGUAUUGGAAAUCAUAUUAAGAUGACUGAGGUACCAAGACAAUAUCUCAGUGACCGACUAAUGUCUACUGGAAUAUCAGCUCCAGUUUCCAUUACCUUAUAAUUCACUCCUUUUUAUAACUCACUCCUUAUAAUUCAAGUCCUUUUUAUUCAGGCAAUGGUUUUUAGGAAACUGCUAAAUCCUCUAUCAGAUUUGGGGGGUCCUCAUUAUAAAAAGAGAAAAGUUGCCAUCUCGCUCCACCCACGGUGCCCCCCAUUUCCUUGCCUAUUUAUUUCCUGCUAAACGUGCAUACUGAAAUGGAAAUGCUUUCCUUUGUCAUCAGCACUCGUGCAGAUGGGUUUGAUCAAACCACCACAAAAUAGUAAUUCACUCUAGGGCUGAGUCCGACCUGAGUUAAGCUUGCAUAAAUGGAGCGCAAUUCCCUCAUGAACUUUUCUCUAUAUGUGUAUUCUGAGCUUGAAUUUAAGCAGGAGAAUAGAAUGCUAUUCACCUGCUAUUCAUUUGGGUGGAGAUCAAAUGAAUAAAGGUGUGGUGGAGGUGUCUAUAGAUAAGCAGUAUUCUGACCUUGACUUAAUUCCCUAAUAAUUCCCCCACCUUACACACAAGGAAACCAUGAAUAAGGUCUAGUGAACCUACCGGUUCCAUGUAGAAAAAGCAUCUACCUAUUUUUUUUUGACUGAAAUAACACCAUUCUCCAUGCACUAAUUUACAACUUGAUAAGAGCUAGGUAAAUUAGUAAUAUGUUUGGGUAAGGGAAUUGUAUAUAUAAAUAACUUGAUUUAGAUCUAUACCAAGCAAAAAUAUAAACGCAACAUGUAAAGUCUUCAUCCCAUGUUUCAUGAGCUGAAAUAAAAGAUCCCAGAACUUUUCCACA